GGCCCACCCGGCAGGCAGGGGGUGGGGAGGCGGGGUCCCGGCGCUGUGCUCCUAGCGCGCCAGUCCCGGGGCUGCAGGGAGCGCAGCACGCGCGGCCCGGGCCCCGGCCACCGGACGCCCUGCCGGACACAGUCCUCCCUGGAGCUUGGACCACUGCCCACCUCGGACACUGCACCGGACAUUGCCCCCCGCAAGGCUGGACACUACAACGGACACUACUUCCCAGCUCCGGACAUUGCUCCCUCCUUCCCCCCCCCCCCCCUCCGGGCCCUGGACGCCUUUCCCCCUCCCCCUCCGGGGGCCCAGGCACUGAGCCCCUUGCGGGUUCUAGCGAGCGACUCCUUGCACCCCAGCGCCAGACACUGCCUCCUCCGUACGCCUCCUUCUCCAGCCUCAUCUUUCCCCCACCCCCUUCGGGGGUCGGAGCACCGCCACCUUCCCUGACCCCCUGCAGCUCGGCCCCGCUGCCCGCGCCCCCAUCCCCCGGCUGCUCGCCCGGAUGCCUCUCCCCGGGGGAUUGUGGUGGCUCCUCUGCUGCCGUCGAGGGUUCACUCUUCUGCACCGGGACUACGGGGACGGCGAGCUUAGCGGGGACGGGGACGAGGACGAGGACGAGGAGACCUUUGAGCUGCGGACCCCGAGUCCAGCGGGCGGAGGGAGGGGAAGAUGGGAGGGGCUGCCAAGGUUGCUCCAGGAGUUCGAGGCUGAGCUGGCAUGGAACCCAGGUCUCCCGUCCCUGCCCAAGCCCUGCCUGCAGCUUCAGAGGGUAACGGAGGGGCCCCUGGAUGUGACACUGACUCAGCCCGGGAGGGGCUCGCAGGUCUCGGACAGGCUGCAGAGCUGGGAGGAGACGCGCAGCCUCAUCCCAGAGAAGGGGCUUCUGGAGGACGACCCGGACGUCGUUGUGAAAGGUUGGCUGUACCGAGAGCCCCGGGCAGGAGCUGCAAGGCCUUGGCUGCCCCCGCGCAGGGCUUGGUUCGUGCUCACGCGGGAAUCCCUGGACCAAUUCAGCAGCAGCGGGAAGGGGGCGCGCCACCUGGGGAGCCUCGUACUCACCAGCCUGUGUUCUGUGACCGGCCCUGAGCGCAGGCCCAAGGAGACGGGUCUGUGGUCAGUGACCGUGUCUGGCCGGAAGCACAGCGUCCGGCUCUGCUCCCCACGCCAGGCAGAGGCUGAACGCUGGGGGGCGGCACUGCGGGAAGUGAUCGCCUCCAAGGCGCCCUUGGAGACCCCCACUCAGCUGCUUCUCAGGGACAUUCAGGAGAGUUGUGGCGACCCCGAGGCCGUGGCCCUCAUUUACCACCGGAACCCGAUUCUGAGGCACACCAAUGGGGCCUUGUAUGCACCCCUCCUGCCCCUGCCCUAUGGCGUUAGUUCCCCAGGUCCCGGCUACGCGCCCUUGCGCGAGGAGGCGGUGCGGCUGUUCCUGGCGCUGCAGGCGCUGGAGGGGGCGCGGCGCCCCGGGCCCCUGAUGCAGGGUGUGCUCCAGACCUGCCGAGACCUGCCUGCGCUCCGCGACGAACUCUUCCUGCAGCUGGCUAAGCAGACCUCGGGCCCCGCGGGCCCCCCUGGGCCCCCGGCCACGCGCGACCCCGCCGCCCUACGGUACUGGCAGCUCCUCACCUGCAUGAGCUGCACCUUCCGGCCAGGGGGAGCCGUCCGGGGGCACCUCCUGGGGCACUUGGAGAGGACGGAGCAGGCGCUCCCGGACUCGGAACUGGCCGAAUACGCGCGCUUCAUCCGGAAGGCGCUGGGCAGGACGCGCGGCCGGGAGCUGGUGCCGUCGCUGGCGGAGAUUUCCGCGCUGAGCCGCCGGCAGGAGCUGCUGUGCACGGUGCACUGUCCGGGGGCCGGCGCCUGCCCUGUGGCCAUAGACUCCCACACCACAGCGGGGGAGGUUGCUCGGGAGCUGGUGGGGAGGCUGGGCUUGGCCCGGAGUCGCAACGCAUUUGCUCUGUACGAGCAGCGAGGGGCGCAGGAGCGAGCCCUGGCUGGGGGAACCCUCGUGGCCGACGUGCUCACCAGGUUUGAGAAUUUGGCUGCGGAAGACGCCGGGGUGGAAGACCCGCUGGACUCGGGCUGGAGACUGUGUCUGCGUCUCCACGGGCCUCUGCACCCAGAGGGGCUGUCCCCGCAUGGUCACGAGCUGCCUUUCCUCUUUGAGCAGGCUCACGCCCUGCUGCUGCGCGGCCGGCCGCCCCCACCCGACGACACGCUGCGCGCCCUGGCGGCGCUGCGCCUGCAGAGUCUGCACCGCGACUUCUCCCCGCGGGCGCCCCUGCCGCGCCUCGACUGCCUGCUGCCGCCGCCCGCGCCGCCGCGCGGGGACCCUCCCCGCCCGCUGCCCCGACCCGCGCCCUCCGCCGCCCUGCUGGCCGGGGCGAUCUGGAGCCCGGGCCUGGCCAAGAGGCGGGCGGAACGGGCCCGGCGCGGCGGCGCGGGCGGCGCGGCGGACGGCGCGGCCCGCGAGGGAGCCGGGGGCGCCGGCACCGCGGCAGCCGUCCUGGGCGGCUGGAAGCGGCUCCGGGGCAUGGGCCGAGCUGAGGCCAUGGCUGCCUACCUGGCCCUGGCGGCGCAGUGCCCAGGGUUCGGCGCUGCUCGGUAUGACGUUCUGGAGCUGAGCACGGAGCCUGAUGGGGGCGCUCCACAGAAGCUCUGCCUGGGCCUGGGAGCCAAGGCCAUGUCCCUCUCCCGCCCUGGUGAGACCGAGCCCAUCCACAGUGUCAGCUAUGGCCACGUGGCCGCCUGCCACCUAAUGGGCCCCCACACCUUGGCGCUGAGGGUGGGAGAGAGCCAGCUCCUCCUCCAGAGUCCCCAGGUGGGAGAGAUCAUGCAGCUGGUGAAUGCCUACUUGGCCAACCUCUCGCCCGAGAGGCCUCGCAGCGGCUCUUCUCCAUGCCAAGAUCCGUCAGACACCUCUCCUCCCAGCCAGCGCCCGGGCCUGGACGCGCCCCAGGGACAGUCUGGCUGUUUGGGGCAGCUGCAGGACUCAGCCUGCCAAGAGGUCACGACCUCUUCCUGCCUGGGGCCUGGACUUGGACCGCUCUGAGAUUGGAGGGAACUAUGGACACAUUUGGCCCUGCAGGGACAGGGCGCACCCCACACCCCACGGCUGCAAUGGAUGCAGACAAUUUUCUAGUUUGUGUCUUAAUUUAUUUGUAGAAGAGAAAGCAACAACGACGAGAAAAAUCCUUAUUUACACAAGUCCUUCCUGUGGGAGUGUUGUCAGUGGGACAAGUUGGAGCCCCACAGCUCUGCGCUCCACCCCGGGGGACACCCACGCAGCCACAGCAGCCGCACUCGAGGGGAGUCAGGACACACUGGGCCCCACCCUCCUUGACCUUCUGGAUUUAACCCCCUCCUGGCCUGUGUGCUGCUGUUGGGGAGGUGGGUGGGGCAGGCAAGCAGGCAGGCUAGAAGUUGGCAAUCACCCGCCUUUCUCCCUGGGGUGGCAGAGGUGGCCUCCUGGCGUCCCUGAGGCCAGAGCAGUGAGUCACUCAGACAGACACUACCCAGUUCCUGCCCUGCUGGUCCGCUCUGGGCCCUGAUUGGCUGCACCUUUGGUGUGCCGACUGCCUGGGACCUGGAGUGGGCACGGGCCCAAGACUGUCUCGGGUAUAGAUAAAAGAGUUUAUCAAGCAAGAUUCAACCCUACAGAGUCCUGCCCAUCAGCAGUGCUGAAUUGGGUUGAGUUCCUGAAUUCUAGGGGCCUGGGAAUC